UCGGCAGAGUUCUUCGAAAUGCUGGAAAAAAUGCAGGCACCAAAACUUGAAGAACAGAGGAGUGGAAGCCAAAAACAUAAGGAAGACUACAUCCCGUACCCCAGCAUCGAUGAGAUCCUAGAGAAGGGCAGCCCGUACCCGCUGAUCAUCCUGCCCCAGUUUGGGGGAUACUGGAUCGAAGACCCGGAAAACCUUGGCACACCCACCUCAUCUGACAGCAGCAUCUGCGAGGAGGAGGAGGAGAACCUCAGCCCCAGCACCUACGGCUACAAGCUGGAGUGCAAAGGAGAGGCCAGAGCCUACAGGAAGCAUUUCCUGGGGAAGGAUCAUUUAAAUUUUUAUUGUACAGCCAGCAGCCUGGGAAAUCUGAUCCUUUCCAUUAAGUGUGAGGAGGCAGAUGGCACAGAAUAUUUAAGGAUUAUACUCAGGUCCAAAGUAAAGACAUUGCAUGAAAGGAUCCCGCUGGCAGGACUUAGCAAGCUCCCUACUAUCCCCCAGAUUGCAAAGGCAUUCUGCGACGACGCCUCCGGGCUGAGGUUUAACCCAGUUCUGUACCCCAAGGCGUCCCAAAUGAUCGUGUCUUAUGAUGAACAUGAGGUCAACAACACCUUCAAGUUUGGUGUGAUCUAUCAGAAGUUCAGGCAGACCCAAGAGGAAGAGUUGUUUGGCAAUAAUGAAGAGAGCACUGCCUUCAAGAACUUCUUAAGUUUUCUGGGAGACACCAUAACACUCCAGGACUUCAAAGG